UCGUCAACUUACGGAGCUUUGUUUUCCUGAGGAAGACCAAACACGGGAAAAUGACGAUUAAAUAUUGCUAGCAGAGUAUAAUUAACAUUUAGGUUUGUUUCAUAGAUACUAUCGAUAAAACAUUACACAUUUCCAACGAUAUCCUAAUUUGGGAAAUGUGUUUAUGUGGGAGAAAAAGGACCACACAGUGAGCUAGCUAAGCUAGCUGCUCCGUGAAGCUAUCUCGGUAGGAGCGGAAGGAAUUCCAGGUUCUGGGAAGAAGGGAAUCUUUGUUGGGAUGCCUCGCGCAAGUUUGAACUGAUGUUUUUAACUAUUUAGUUUAGUCAUGGCGAGAUAAAUGUCCAGUAUGUGUUUGUAGACCGACGUGGGACAACUGUGAUACUUUUAUGUCUUAACUGUAGCGCGCUCGUUGAACCUUUAGCUAGCCACGUAGCUACCUCUGUCGGAGGACAUUUAAAAUGGCGGAAGGUUGGCCCAUUCCUCAAGCUUUUGUCGUCAUGAUGCUGUGUGUGAGUGCCUGGGCUGGAUAUUCUUCGUGCCCUGCUCCAUGUUCUUGUUCGAAAGGACAAGAUGAUUUAGAUAUAAUGGAUUGCAACAGGAAAAAGCUGUUGACCCCUCCUCAAGACGUCCCAGAAAGAACAACUCAAGUCACCAUGAAUCAUAAUGAGCUGACUGUUUUUCCCUAUCUUGGAGAAGCGUCUUCCAAUAUAACUUCACUCUCAUUAGUCCACAACAAGAUCAUGGAGGUGUCCAUGUAUCUGCUUCAACCGUAUGUCUCCCUUGAGUCCCUGGACCUUACCUCCAACUCCAUAUCUGAACUCAGAGUCGGGUCUUUCCCGUCCAUUCAGCUGAAAUAUCUGAAUUUAACAAACAACAAGAUCAGUGUCCUUGAGCCUGGCUGUUUUGAAAACAUCUCCAGCUCCCUGUUAGUGCUGAGGCUAAACAGAAACAGACUAGCUGUGCUUCCCUCCAAAGUGUUCAGACUUCCACAGCUUCAAAUUCUUGAAAUGAAACGCAACAGGAUCAAGUUUGUGGACAGCCUCACGUUUAAGGGAAUGGACUCGCUGAGGUCACUGAAAAUGCAGAGAAAUGGAAUCUCAAAGCUCAUGGAUGGGGCAUUCUUUGGUCUGACCAACAUUGAGGAAUUGGAGUUGGAGCACAACAACCUGACUGAGAUUGACAAAGGUUGGCUCUACGGUCUCCGCAUGCUGCGCGUCUUGCAAAUCAGCCACAAUGCUGUAGGAGUUAUCCGGCCAGAUGCCUGGGAAUUCUGCCAGAAGCUGGAGCAACUAGAUUUGUCCUAUAAUCACCUGACUAGACUCGAGGACACAGCUUUUGUAGGAUUGGGUCUCCUGGAGAGCCUGUACCUGGGAGAAAACUCCAUCAGUCAUUUGGGAGAGGGGGUGUUCGGUGGUCUGACAAAUCUGCGUACUUUAGAUAUCCACAACAAUGAGAUUUCUUGGGCCAUUGAAGACUCCAUUGGUCUAUUUGAAGGAAUGAAGAAGUUGAACAAUCUGGUUUUGCAACAAAACAAAAUCAAAUCUAUCACAGAGAAAGCUUUUGAGGGCCUAAAGGAGCUGGAGUAUUUGGACCUGAGCAAGAACGGCAUAAUGUCCUUACACCCUCAAGCAUUCUCCCAUUUGAAGCUCAAAGGAUUUGUCCUGAACACAAGCAGCCUGCUGUGUGACUGUCACAUGCAGUGGCUUGGGCCUUGGUUGUCGGAGAGCCAGUUUCUGCAGAGUGUUUCUGCUGUCUGCGCCCAUCCUGCAAACCUGCUUGGUCGCAACGUUCUGUCCAUCAGCCCAGAGGAGUUUGUUUGUGAUGAUUUUCCAAAGCCUCAUAUCCAGACUCACCCUGAAACCGCUGUGGUUUUGCGUGGGAGCAACGUGACUCUGCGGUGCAUCGCAUCCAGCAGCAGUGACUCGCCGAUGACCACUGCAUGGAGGAAGGAUGGGGAGGUGCUGUAUGAUGCAGAAGUGCAGAAUUAUGCUCGCUAUCAGGAAGGAGAGCUCAUCUACACCGCCGUCCUUCACCUCCUUAAUGUCAACUUCACUGACGAGGGCCGUUACCAGUGUGUGGUUUCUAACCACUUUGGCUCCAACUAUUCCAACAGGGCCAAGCUUACAGUCAACGAGAUGCCCUCAUUUCUUAAGACUCCCAUGGAUCUUACGAUCCGUACCGGGACGAUGGCCAGGCUGGAGUGCGCAGCAGAAGGUCAUCCGUCACCCCAGAUUGCUUGGCAGAAGGAUGGAGGCACUGAUUUCCCUGCUGCUCGGGAGCGCCGGAUGCAUGUGAUGCCAGAUGAUGACAUCUUCUUUAUUGCAAAUGUUAAAACCGAAGAUAUGGGAGUGUACAGCUGCACUGCCCAAAAUGCAGCCGGCAGCCUUUCGGCAAACGCUACGCUUACCGUCCUGGAAACGCCUUCCUUUGUGCGGCCGCUGGAAGACAGGACGGUGGCUCGUGGCGAAACGGCCGUACUUCAGUGUAUAGCUGGGGGGAGUCCAACGCCACGCCUCAACUGGACCAAAGACGAUGGCCCGUUGGUGCUAACCGAGCGCCACUUCUUUGCUGCCGCCAAUCAGCUUCUGAUCAUAGUUGAUGCGGGUCCAGCCGAUGCUGGGAAAUACACAUGCAUCAUGUCCAACACUCUGGGAACUGAGCGCGGCCACAUCUACCUGAGCGUCUUACCGUCUGCAAACUGCGAAACUGGAGCAGGCUACGACCCGGACGGCUGGACCACUGUGGGCAUCGUGGUGAUCGUGGUGGUGUGCUGCGUGGUUGGAACGUCUCUAGUCUGGGUCAUUGUCAUCUAUCACAUGCGCAGGAAGACUGAGGACUACAGUAUCACCAACACCGAUGAGAUGAAUUUGCCAGCAGAUAUUCCCAGCUAUCUGUCCUCUCAGGGAACGUUGUCAGAGCCUCAGGAGGGCUACAGCAGCUCUGAGGCCGGCAGCCACCAGCAGCUCAUGCCCCCCCUCUCCAACGGCUACAUCCACAAAGGCACAGAUGGUGUGUGUUAUGGCGACGUGAGCGGCGAGUUGGAACCUGAAGGAAACGGCAUGCUGCACUGCAGGGUGGGCUCUCUGUUCUCAGGCCGCAACAGCUUCCAUCCUGGGGAGGCUCAUGAGGGUCUAGUUGGAAUCCCCGCAGGUGGGCCGGGUUCUGUGGUCAUCUGCUCCGACUGCUACGACAAUGCCAACAUUUACACUCGUACGCGGGAGUACUGCCCUUACGCGUAUGUGGGAGAGGAUGAUCCUCUGGGAAGGGCUACACCGGGCUUAAAGGAAAGCCUCGGUGAGCAUGCCCAGCAGGAAGACGCCACGCUGAAGGGCCUCAUCAGCAACCGCGACUCCUCAGUCUUUCUGGGCUCAAAUGACAAAGUGCUGGGCGGCCACACCCCCUCACACCACUACCUUAAUGAUUUCCUCAGUAGAUCUUUCUGGACGGAGGGAGAAAACCCAUCCUCAAAGCUCCAACCGGGGGGGUCUUCCCUCCCCGUGACUGUUCACAGGACACAUUCUGUGACUUCUGCUGCCGACGGUGCGGCGGAACAGACUGAAGCCACGGCUAGCCACUUCCCAAGUUUUUGCACCCAGGACCAUAGAAGUGCCUCAAACAGGACUAACCCCGACGAGCAUCCGACUCAGACAUAGGCCAUUUUACACUCUUGCCACAUUCUUCCUCCGAAUUGUUGCUGCAACCCCGUUGUCCCGACCCCAUCUCGACCCCCUCACCCACUACCUCCAAACAGACUCCUCACAUUCUGCCAAAGAUGCUGUCUUGUAUGUUUACAUUACCGCCGCACUCAAGAUGGCCCGCUAACACCCUCCACUGUGUAAAGACCGCUGCAUCAAAUUGGAUAAAUAGAAAAGUGAUUGAAAUGACCUUGUUGGCACCCCCCACGUUUCCUUUUAGUAGCCAUGUCCGACGCUGCCAAGAGAGGACUCAGAGUCUCGCUAGCAUCUUCACAAGCCCGCUCCUCAGCGGCUGCUGCUAUUGAGUUUCCUCGUGGUACAGAACUUUUUCGGGGCAGCCCUAAUCAUAUUUAGAGAAGCAACUCUUACCAAGUGGGGGGAAAGUUGAUCAAACUUUGGAUGUAGCACCCUGACCAGCAGUUCCUGAUUAUCAGAAAACAACAUGGAAAAGCUUACCUCCAACAUUCCUACAGCCAUUCUGAGUGACUCUUAUGCAAAUGUGGUGUGUAAAUCAGUAUAUAUGAAUAUAUCCUAUAUUAGCUUCAUCAGUUCUUAGUUUUGUUCCAUAUAAAGUGAAGUUGUUGAUUCCAUAAUGUUAUGUUCAGAAUAAUGAACAAGUCUAUAUUUUCUUUGCACAUGAGACAAUCCAUUUUUCUGCCUUUUUUCCUUACAGCUAUUUAAUGGAUGGCCUUUAGGAUUUCUCAGUAACCUUCAUGAUGUUGUUUCUUCACAGUAUGCACUGAUUGUUUGAUUUUGGCCUCUUAGUGAUAUGUUACAGGCACUUGAUGGUGGCAAACAUUAUGCAGUUUACAUGGAUUACAUCAUAGGGAUCUAUUGUCCACUUUUCCGCUCAAAGCAUUUAAAUGAUCCAUCCAUUCAUAUUGAGUGUGCCUUGGUUUUUGCUCUGGACUGUGAAAAAAAAAGAAUGUAUUGUAAUAUUUUAUAUAUGUACAUACUGAGUUCCAUACUCCUGUAAAUUUUCAGAGAAUUUUAAAAACCUGCCUUUUUUUUUUUAACACAAGUCGACAUCGUCCCUACAUUAUUAUCACAUGGAUGUGUUUAUCAGUAUGAACUGAUAUUAUCUGGUGGUGCUUUCUCUAAAAUGGAAAAGUGUCAACGUUCAGUUUAGAAAUGGAGAUGCCUCUCCUGUAAAUGAAUGUAGAAUUGUCUUCUUCUUCUUGUUGUUGCACUUCAGAGUUACAGAUGUGACUAACCUUAUACGCAGCUCACGUUUGGUCCGUUUGUUUGAAAAGCAACUUCCCGAUGUCAGUCUCUGUUGGGUCACCCGUCGGUGAAUGCAGCAUCAGAAAUGCCACCAUGUGAUGUAGCAGCAUCUCUUCAUUUUUGUGAUCAGUGUCGUGAUUCACCUCGUACCUUUCCUUCCUCAGCGGUACACGGACAUGCUCUGGAUUCCACGAGUCUUUGCUUUUCCAUUUGGUUGAAUUUAUACUUGGACCACAUUUUAACCUUGAAGUUUGUUUGUUUUUUACAUUUGAAGACCAAAAAAAAAAAUCUCAGAAUGCUGUUUCUCUGGAUUUGGUUUUGCUGGCCAAAGUCAGUACAAUGCCUUUCUUAACCCUUUAACACUGGAGCUCCAGUGUUUAUGUUCUUUGAUUUACUCUAAGUUUUCAACUGUAAACACGAUCCACUUAAUUGCAGCAGAUUGUGAAGGAGAAAAGCGGCUGCAAUUAAGUGGAUUGUAUUAACAGUUCAAAAGUUCCAGUAUGUUAAAGAUUUUGUGUUUGUGCAGUAUUUUUCACCAACAGCCUAAAAUCACAUCUGAUCCUCCUAUGGCUCUAUACCAAAGUUUAGCAGUUAUAAUGUUCAUGUUUAGUGCUGCUUUUUUGAAUUAUUUACAUGUUGCUUGAUUUUUUUUUUUUAAUUAUCCUUUAAAUUGUACAUUCUGUAAAGCAUGUCUAAACAUUCUUUUGUUACACCACCUUUACUCAUAUUAAAAAUGACUUCUCGUA